AUGGACGCCUCCAAUAUUAAUAUUGUCAGGCAGAUUACGUGCUCUGAUUCGUCUGCAAUAUUCGAGGUAGAUCUGGAUGGACAAAAGUAUGCAUUGAAGCUUUUCCACGACAACGGCGACCCUGGAUAUACCGAAAAUGGUCGUGAUUUAAACAGAUUUCGCUGCGAGUUAAAUGCUUAUAGGAAGCUUCUUACUUCUGGUGUCUGUAUACGCGGUUUCGUACCCAAAUUCUACGGCUACAUCGAUCGAAUAGAUCCCGCAGUAUUCCAGCCUGCUUUACAAGCUUUCACCCGGGAUAAGCUAAGGCCGAGAGCAAUAUUGCUAGAAUAUUUUCCAAAUGCAGAGAGUUUAAACUGCGUGAACUACUCGGACGCACUCUAUUCCCAGGCAAUUGAGGGUAUGCAUGAGAUACACAGGGCGGGUGUUCACCAUCAAGAUAUCUACCCCAAAAAUCUUCUCCUUGUCCGUGGAAACCCCGACAGGCUAGUCUGGAUUGACUUUGAUGUUGCAACAACCUUCACCGACGUUGAACCUGAACAGAUGGCCUACUGCGACCACGAAAUUAAGCUUGUGAAGGGCUUUAUGGAAGCUCUGAGAGAUGACCAGGCUGAGGGGCUCCCGCCAAAUACAAAAUUCUAUUAA